AUGGCUGGUUCGGGCCCCUCGGCCUCCUCGUGCUGCAGCCUGAAGGACGAGCUGCUGUGCCCGAUUUGCCUGAGCCUGUACCAGGACCCGGUCAGCUUUGGCUGCGAGCAUUACUUCUGCCGCCGCUGCAUUGCGGAGCACUGGAGCCGGCAGGAAGCCCAGGCGGCCCCAGCCCGAGACUGCCCCGAGUGCCGGCGCACCUUCGCCGAGCCCCUGCUGGCCCCCAGCCUCAAGCUGGCCAACAUCGUGGAGCGCUACGCCGCCUUCCCCUUGGACGCCCUCCUGCGCAGCGCCCACCGCCGACUGGGCUCCGGCGGGGCAUCCGGUGGCUCCCCGGGUGGCGUCUCCUCGGCCUCCUCCUCCUGCGCCAAGGAACACGGCAAGGUCCAGCUCUUCUGCCUUUCCGACCGUGCUGUGGUCUGCUUCUUCUGCGACGAGCCUGCCCUCCACGAGCAACACCAGGUCACCAGCCUCGACGACGCCUUCGAGGAGCUCCAGCGGGAGCUCAAGGAGCAACUGCAGACCCUGCAGGACAGCGAGCGCGGGCACACCGAAGCCCUGGCCCGCCUCAACCGCCAGCUGGCUGAGACCAAGUCCUCGGCCAAGGGCCUGCGCGCCACCAUCGGGGAGGCCUUUGAGCGGCUGCACCGGCUACUUCGGGACCGUCAGAAGGCUAUGCUGGAGGAGCUGGAGGCGGACACGGCUCGGACGCUGACCGACAUCGAGCAGAAGGUCCAGCGCUACAGCCAGCAGCUGCGCAAGGUCCAGGAGGGCAGCCAGAUCCUGCAGGAGCGCCUGGCCGAGGCCGACAAGCACGCCUUCCUGGCCGGCAUCGCCUCGCUCUCCGAGAGGCUGAAAGGGAAGAUCCACGAAACCAACCUGACCUACGAAGACUUCCCCACCUCCAAGUACAUGGGGCCCUUGCAGUACACCAUCUGGAAGUCCCUUUUCCAGGACAUCCAUCCAGUUCCAGCCACGCUGACGUUGGACCCGUCCACAGCCCACCAGCGGCUGAUCCUCUCAGACGACUGCACCAUCGUGGCCUACGGCAACUUGCACCCACAACCACUGCAGGACUCCCCGCGACGCUUCGAUGUGGAGGUCUCGGUGCUGGGCACGGAGGCCUUUGGGAGCGGGACGCACUACUGGGAGGUGGUGGUUUCGGAGAAGACACAGUGGAUGAUCGGCCUGGCCCACGAGGCGGUCAGCCGGCGCGGCAGCAUCCAGAUCCAGCCCAGCCGGGGCUUCUACUGUAUCGUGAUGCACGACGGCACCCAGUACAGUGCCUGCACCGAGCCCUGGACCCGGCUCAACGUCAAGGGCAAGCUGGAGAAGGUGGGCGUCUUCCUGGACUAUGACAAGGGCCUGCUCAUCUUCUACAACGCCGACGAUAUGUCCUGGCUCUACACCUUCCGGGAGAAGUUUCCCGGGAAGCUCUGCUCCUACUUCAGUCCCGGGCAGAGCCAUGCCAACGGGAAGAAUGUCCAGCCCCUGCGCAUCAACACUGUACGCAUUUAGGGGGGGAACAUUAUGGGAACGAGGGUUGGAGUCAUACUGGUCCUAAAAGGGGGAUCGUCUGCAGGGGUGCUUUUCCUGAAGGUGGGAUUGCAGAAGGAGUAAUGUUUUGAGGAUCAGGUUUUUGAGAAGCUUCCUUGGAACCACCAACACUUCAAUGUAUAUGUUCCUUAAGAAGAGUCCUUGGAAUGGCCAAUGUUAUUGGGACCAAUUUUCUGAAGAUGGGAUCUUGGAAUGACUAUUAUUUAUGGGAUCGGGUUCUUAAGAAGCUUCCUUGAAAUCACCAACGUAUUAAUGUUUAAGUUCUUUAAGAAGAGUCCUUGGAACUACCAAUGUUAUUGAGACCAACUUCCUGAAGAUGUAAUCUUAGAGUGACAAUUGCUUAUGGAAUCAGGUUCUUAAGAGGGUUCCUUGGAACCACCAACUUAUUAAUGUUUACGUUCCUUAAGAAGAGUCCUUGGAACUACCAAUGUUAUUGAGACCAACUUCCUGAGGAUGGGAUCUUGGAAUGACUAUUGUUUAUGGAAUCAGGUUCUUAAGAGGGUUCCUUGGAACCACCAACGUAUUAAUGUUUAUGUUCCUUAAGAAGAGUCCUUGGAACUAUCAAUGUUAUUGAGACCAACUUCCUGAGGAUGGGAUCUUGGAAUGACUAUUGUUUUUGGGAUCAGGUCCUUCAGAAGCUUCCUUGGAACUGCCAACAUUGGGACCAAAUUCCUGAAGAUGGGAUCUUGGAAUGAUUAAUGUUUUGAGGACCAGGUUCUUGAGAACCUUCUUUAGAACCACCGACAUUUUAAUGUUCAUGUUCCUUAAGAAGAGUUCUUGGAACUCCCAACUUCAUUGGGACCAAUUUCCUGAAGAUAGCAUCUUAGAAUGACUAUUUUUUUGGGACCAGGUUCUUAAGAGGGUUCCUUGGAAUCACCAACGUAUUAAUGUUUAUGUUCCUUAAGAAGAGUCCUUGGAAUGGCCAAUGUUGUUAGGACCAGUUUCCUGAAGAUGGGAUCUUGGAAUGACUAUUGCUUUUGGGAUCAGGUUCUUAAGAAAGUUCCUUGGAAUCACCAAUGUUUAUGUUCCUUAAGAAGAGUCCUUGGAACGGCCAAUGUUGUUGGGACCAGUGUCCUGAAGAUGGGAUCUUGGAAUGACUAUUGCUUUUGGGAUCAGGUUCUUAAGAAGGUUCCUGGGAAUCACCAAUAUUUAUGUUCCUUAAGAAGAGUCCUGGGAAUGGCCAGUGUUUACGUUCCUUAAGAAGAGUCCUUGGAACGGCCAACAUUAUUGAGACCAAUUUACUGAAGAUGGGAUCUUGGAAUGACUAUUGCUUUUGGGAUCAGGUUCUUAAGAAGGUUCCUGGGAAUCGCCAAUAUUUAUGUUCCUUAAGAAGAGUCCUUGGAAUGGCCAAUGUUGUUGGGACCAGUCUCCCGAAGAUGGGAUCUUGGAAUGACUAUUGCUUUUGGGAUCAGGUUCUUAAGAAGGUUCCUUGGAAUUACCAAUGUUCACGUUCCUUAAGAAGAGUCCUUGGAACGGCCAACAUUAUUGAGACCAAUUUACUGAAGAUGGGAUCUUACAAUGACCAUUGUUUUGAGAACCAGGUUCUUCAGAAUCCUCCUUUUGAUGCAGACCAAAACCCCAUUGGCUUUUUGAGCUGCUGCAUCACACUCUUGGCUCAUGGAACGUGUUCUCCGCUAAGAUCUUUCGCAUGUGGACUAUUGUCGAGCCAGGCUUUGCCUAUUUUGUAUCUUUGCAUUUCAUUUCAUCUGCCUAGGUGUCGUAUCUCACAUUUGUCCUUGUUGACAUUUAUUGUGUUCAUUUUGGCCAAUCAUCUCUCUAGUCCGUUGAGGUUGUUUUGCAUCCCGAUUCUGUCCUCUGGAGAAUUAGCUAUUCCUCCCAAUUUGGUGUCACCUGUAAACUAGAUCAGGAGGACCUCUAAACCUUCAUCCAAGUCAUUAAUGAAGACGUUGAACCGAACUGGGCCCAUAACCUUCUUCGUGGUCAUUGAUGAAGACGUUGAACCGAACUGGGCCCAUAACCCUCUUCGUGUUCAUUAAUGAAGAUGUUGAACCGAACUGGGCCCAUAACCUUCUUCGUGGUCGUUAAUGAAGACGUUGAACCGAACUGGGCCCAUAACCCUCUUCGUGGUCAUUAAUGAAGAUGUUGAACCAAACUGGGCCCAUAACCCUCUUCAUGGUCAUUAAUGGAGACGUUGAACUGAACUGGGCCCAUAACCCUCUUCGUGGUCAUUGAUGAAGAUGUUGAACCAAACUGGGCCCAUAACCUUGUGGUCAUUAAUGAAGACGUUGAACUGAACUGGGCCCACAACCCUCUUUGUGGUUGUUAAUGAAGACGUUGAGCCGAACUGGGCCCAUAACCUUCUUCUUGGUCAUUAAUGAAGACGUUGAACCCAACUGGGCCCAUAACCUUCUUCGUGGUCGUUAAUGAAGACGUUGAACCGAACUGGGCCCAUAACCUUCUUCGUGGUCGUUAAUGAAGACGUUGAACCGAACUGGGCCCAUAACCCUCUUCGUGGUCAUUAAUGAAGAUGUUGAACCAAACUGGGCCCAUAACCCUCUUCAUGGUCAUUAAUGGAGACGUUGAACUGAACUGGGCCCAUAACCCUCUUUGUGGUCAUUGAUGAAGAUGUUGAACCAAACUGGGCCCAUAACCUUGUGGUCAUUAAUGAAGACGUUGAACUGAACUGGGCCCACAACCCUCUUUGUGGUUGUUAAUGAAGAUGUUGAACCGAACUGGGCCCAUAACCUUCUUCUCGUGCUCAUUAAUGAAGAUGUUGAACCCAACUGGGCCCAUAACCCUCUUAUGUUUUCCUCCCAUCCGUCGGGAGCUUUGCCUCUCUGUAUCAACGGGAACGAGUUCUCUCUCUGUGGGUCUUGACGUUUCGGUGGUGGUCGGUCUUGUCGUGGGUUUUUCGGUGGGCAACGGAAGCAAGGGAAUGGGGAAAUAAACGGAACGUUGACGUCCAAA